UCCAUCCGUCCAUCCGUCCAUCUAUUAUAACCACGAAAAGUCUAAUGUAGAAUACUCUCCGUUCCAUUUUGAUCAUACGAAUGAAGUGCAGAAUAUAAAUAUCGCAAAACUAGUUCAUUCACGCUAAGCCUAGUUAGUGGCCUACGGAUAAGUACAGCAGUCAGACAAGUAAGAAGUACCACAAGAAGAAUUCAAAAAUGACAGAAAGCAAGCCAUCCAAAGUGAUUGGUUAUUGGAUGUCUGAAAAGAAGAGCCAAAAACUUAACUGGACAGAAUUUGGAAGUGUAUGCAGGAAAUAUGGAUUUGAUUUAGUUAAGCUGGACUUGAAUCAACCACUGGAAGGGCAGGGACCAUUCACAGUGAUUUUGCACAAGCUCACAGACAUCAUAGCCUUGACAAAUCAAGGAGACCCCAAGGCCCGUGUUAUGAUCUCCCAUGUUGAGUCAUACAUUAAUGAUCAUCCAGAAGUGGCUAUUAUUGAUCCACUAGAUAAUGUCCGCAAAUUGUUGGAUCGCUACAGAUAUUACAGUAUUAUACACAACAGUGACCUUGAGAAAGCAGAUGUCUUUAUGCCUUCAUUUGUGGAAUUAACAUCAAGUGAUUGCAAAGAAAACCUUAAAACUUUAAGGUUAGCUGGUGUGGACUUUCCAUUUGUGUGCAAGCCUUCAGUUGCUCAUGGAUCCAGCAAUGCCCACAAGAUGACAGUAAUAUUUAAUGAGAAAGGGGUGAAGGAUUGCCGUCCACCCUGUGUCGCACAGAGUUUCAUCAUCUUAUACAAAAUAUAUCUGGUUGGAGAGGAAUAUUUUGUUGUAGAUAGGCCAUCACUGAAGAACUUCUAUCCAAGUGACCGUGAGACAAUCUUCUUUGAUAGUCAUGAUGUUUCCAAAGCAGAUUCUACAUCCAGUCUAAGUAUUCUGGAUCCGAGUGACAAGAUGAUAUUGCCUUCUCGCCCUGAUCCUGCAAAACUACAACGAAUUGUCUGCACAUUAAGGAAGGAGCUUGGGAUGUCAUUAUUGGGAAUUGAUGUGAUUAUUGAAAAUGGCAGCGGGCGAUAUGGCAUCAUAGAUAUCAAUGCAUAUCCAGGUUAUGAUGGCCACCCAAACUUCUUUGACAGCCUUAUGAAGUGCAUAUUGGAGACAGUCAAUCAUCAUCCAUGCACAGUCUACAAACCAGACCUGUCAAGUACCCAGUUCUGUCUUCCUCUCACAAAGCACACCGCAGAAAGUAAGAACAGUCAUAUAAUGUCACCAGGAAGUGGUGAUCAGGAUGACUCAGGUUUUGACACUGGUGAUUCAAGUGAUGAGAAAAAGAAGCGGAACUUGUCAGUGGGAUCCACUACUGUGAGUAGGAGAUCGAUUACCACCACUUCGGAGUGACACAGUACGCAUGAGACUUUGGAGGUUUGUUAAUGUGGCUGCCUAUC